AUGCUCUUCCAGAAGCUCGCCAUCGUUGCCACCUUGACCGCCAUUGUUGCGGCUCAGGACAUCAGCCAGGAUGACAUACCCCAGCAGUGCACACAGGUGUGCGCCCAGGUGGUCACAAUCGCCCGAGACUGCGACAACCAGAAUGACAACGACAAUGCCGAGCUCCAGUGCAUCUGCAAUGCUUCCAAUGCCAGCACUUUGAUCCCAGCCUGCGAGGCCUGCGUCCGGCAGUUCGACACCGACACCGACGACGACAACGAUGACGACGACGACGACGACGACAAUGACGUUCGGGAGGUCCUGACGCGCUGUAACUUUACGGUUCAGAGCUCUUUUAACUCGGCCAGCGCCAGCUCAGUUGCCUCGACUGCUGUCUCGUCCGCCGCCUCUGCCACCGCUUCGGGCACCAUCCUUGUGACCACCUCUGGUACGUCGGUGCUUACGACGAGCAUUGGACCGCAGCAGACGCAGAACGCCGCGCCUGUCGUGACUGCUGCGGCGGGUAUGGGUCUUGGUGCUCUUGGCUUUGCGCUUGGUAUGCUCUAG